UUGGAUGCGAUCUUUUUUUCAGACGGUCAAGAGGAGUCUGAAGAAGCGGUGAAGGCAGUCAUCAGAGCAGAAAGGGCACGGCAAAGAAAUGCGAGGAAGCGUAAAGAAGCAGAAGAGGAAUCCAAAGAAGCUGUUAGCAAAGAAGAACAUAUGAAAGAUGAUACAAUGGAGAAUGAAGCAACGGUGUCACGGUCACCUUCACCCUCGAUGAAAAUAAGUCGUAGUAUGGACGUAACUCGUAGUAUGGACGUGUCAAGGAGUACGAUGUCAACAGGCAGUAGAUCACGAUCCCAAUACUCGUCAGUAGAUGAUGUGCGGCCUCCAAAAGUGCAUCUUAAAGUGGUACAAGUAGAAGUGGAGGCGGGAAGACCACUCGAUCUUGUUCUUUCAACAAACCUCGUAAUACGUACAGUCAGCAAAUACUCGAUAGCAUUUUAUAGUGUAAUUGUCGGCGAUCAAGUGAGUCUCCCAUGCUCUACAAAU